UCCCGAUUUUCUAUGUUAGGCUUGGUUUGAGUUUAGUCUACUUGUGAUCAAGUAGAUCAAACCCCAAAACUAAAGAUCAGAAACAUUGAUCCCAUUUCCAGUUGCAACCAGCAAAAAUGGCAUCACUUUCGCUCGCUCACGCUUCACGCAGGCUCCUCACUCCCUCUCACUCUUUUUCACAGCUAAGAACAAGGAUAAUAAAGAAUCCUGCUUUCGACAGCCAAUUCAUGAGUCGAUCUUUUUCCAGGAAAAAUUCCGUUUUGCUUUCCUCAAAUUUUAAAACCGGAAUUGCUUGCAUGUCAACAACCACAUCUCCGGGAGGCAAAGAUGAUCAAAAGCUAAGUGGCGAAAAUGAGAAAGUUGGUGGGGUUUUAUCGUGGAUUGAUUACCUACCCAGAGAAAUUCAGCCUUACGCUAAGCUUGCUCGCGUGGAGAAGCCCAUCGGUACAUGGUUAUUGAUUUGGCCCUUUUUAUGGUCAGCUACGUUGGCAGCACCGCCUGGAAGUCUUCCUGAUUUCAAGACAUUAGCGCUAUUUGCUUGUGCAGCUCCACUUUUGAGGGGUGCUGCUUGUACCAUAAAUGAUAUCCUUGACCGUGAUAUUGAUAGAAUGGUGGAGCGUACAAAACUGAGACCGAUCGCGAGUGGUGCUGUCUCUCCACUUCAAGGACUUUGUUUUCUUGCGUUUCAAUUAAUUUUGAGUCAUGGAAUUCUCCUGCAACUCACCAAUUAUAGCCCGAUCUAUGAGGCUUCAUACAUCUUUCUAAUGUCUACCUAUCCUCUCAUGAAGAGGCUCACAUAUUGGGCCCAGGCCUAUUUAGGUUUGACCUUCAACUUGGGGGCCUUGUUCGGCUGGCAUGCAAUUAAAGCAAGCUUACAACCCUCUAUCGUGUUACCUUUGUACAUGUCUGGUAUAUUUUGGACUCUUGUGUACGAUACCAUAUACGCGCAUCAGCCUUGUAGGGGCCAAGGGCUGGAGAGAUUGCUGAUGACGUUUGAAAGAGAUUUUGAGGGUCAUGCUUUUGUGGGAUGGCAAAAUUUUAUUUAUGAUGAAUGAAUAUACAAAAAAUUAUCACUUAUGCUUCACCACCUGUUGCUUUCGUUUCACGUAAUUCUUUAGCUUUUAAAUUGUUUUAUUUUGGAUUUUUAAUUUUUGAUUUUUUAAUAUAAUUCUAUUUUGAUUAUUUCAUUAAAUUAUUUUAUUAAAAUUGAUCUAAUAUUCAUAUUGCAGAUUUCAUGAUAAAUUAUAUGAACAUUUUUCUCAAUUGUCAAUCAAAUAAUGUGAAGAAACGAUCAAAAUAAAAUCACUUGUAAAAAUUUAAAAUUUAAAUGAGAGAAUUCAAAAAAUAGAGAUUACAGUAAAAUAAAAUGUUAAGGACCACGGAUAGAAUUUACGUGAGGAUAUAUAGUAAGAACUACUCCAUCGUAAUAUUCCUAACUUUUUAGUUAUCCUAAAUUCAUUCAUGGGUCAGAGACUCAAAGUGGUUCCUCUUAUUUCUUAACAUCAUCAAACCCAUUUAUUUUCCUUCUUCUAUCUUCUUCCCCUCCUGCUUUGUGACACAUUCUAUACUCCAAGAUUUGUUGGUAUGAUGAAAUAAGUAGGGUACGAUGGAGCAAUCAUCUAGAAACCGUUCUCUUUGACUUUGAUAACCAUGCAUUCAGGAUAAAGAAGAUGAUAUCAAAGUUGGUGUUAAAUCGACAGCCUUGAAAUUUGGGGAUUCAUCGAAGGAGUGGACUACUGCGUUUGCAAUUGCAUGCAUCAGUAGUCUUGCUCUAA